AAAAAAUAAAUAAAAUCUUCAAAAAAAAAAAAAAACUGGAAACAACACAAAUGUCCAGUCAACUGCUGAAAUGAAUAAUCAAAAUAGGGAAUAGCCCAACAAUGGCAUAUUAACCAGCAAUAAAUAUGCUCCAAUGUGGAUGAGCCUUGAAAACAGUAGAAGGCAAAAUAUAUGUGAUGAGAAGGUCACAUAUAUUAAUCUGUCUGAGGUGGAUGUUCUUGUGACACAAGGUCACAUAUGAUUCUAUUUUUAUGAAAUGUCAAGAAUGGGCAACUCCGUAGAAACACAGAAUAGAUUAGUAGUUUGCAGGGGCUUAGAGAAAGGAGCGGAGACUGGCUACUCAUGGUUACAGAGUUUUAGGAAGAGUGACAGCAGUGUUCUGAAAUUAGGCAGGCUGCAAAACUCUGAAUAUAGUAAAAACCACUAUACUGGACACUUUAAAAGGGUGAAUUUGGGGGCACCUGGGUGGCUGAGUCGGCUAAGCAUACAACUCUUGAUUUUGGCUCAGGUCAUGAUCUCAGGGUCUUAGGAUCAAGCCCCAUAUGGGGCUCCCCCCACACUUCUCCCCUAGGGCUCACUCUGUCUCUCGCUCUCGCUCUCUCUCUGAAAUAAUAAAUCUUUUUUUAUUUUGUUAAAGAUUUUAUUUAUUAUUAGAGAACAAGUGGAAGGAGGGGCAGAGGGAGAAGGAGUCUCCUGGUAGAGCAGGGAGCCUGACGCAGGAAUCGAUCCCAGGACCCUGGGAUCAUGACCCCAGCCGAAGGCAGACGCUUAACCAACUGAGCCACCCAGGAUUAAAACUUAACAGGAUAAGCAUGGUGAGCUGGCCCGCAGAGGGUCUCCGGUCAAUGCUGCGGGGUUGAGGAUUCAGGGAGCUGUUGCCCUCCAAGACCAGAGCCUGUGGAAAACUACAACUCCCAGCGCCUCCCGCGGCCCGCAGGAGUCCCGGCGGUCAUGUGACCGCGGCUCACGUGUCCUUGCAGCCGGCUCGGGUGUGAGGCAGUGUAGGUGAAGUUUUGAGAAAGAAGAGAUUGGGGCCAGCGAGGGAAGUGAGGAAAAUCAGAUCCCAGAUCUUUGGGGAGAAAGAGCUGUAAGGAGCAACACACCCUCCACCUUAGACCAUCAGGUGGAAAUAGCAGGUUGAGAAGAGCUGGAGCUCACAGGCCUCCUGGGAUCAUAGUUCCAAACAGGCUGGCACCACCCUCCAGCUGAAGGUGUUCCCUCAGCUGCCCAGGGGAUGUGAUUGUGAGGCCGAAUCUGCAGACCCCGCGGGAAGAGGGCUCCCGGGGCCAUGGCCGAGGUCAGCAUCAACAGUGACCUCGGCGAGUGGGGCUCGAGCUCAGACUCUGGGGAGCGGGCCCGUCUGCUACAGAGUCCCUGUGUGGACACAGCCCCCAAGAGCGAAGGGGAGGCCUCUCCUGCGGGUCCGGGCAGAGGCACCACUUCCACCAUUGGGGCCAUCUUCAUCGUCGUCAACGCCUGCCUAGGUGCAGGGCUGCUCAACUUCCCCGCAGCCUUCAGCACCGCAGGCGGGCUGGCGGCCGGCGUCACACUGCAGAUGGGCAUGCUGGUCUUCAUCAUCAGCGGCCUCGUCAUCCUGGCCUACUGCUCCCAGGCCAGCAACGAGAGGACCUACCAGGAGGUGGUGUGGGCCGUGUGUGGCAAGCUGACGGGAGUGCUUUGUGAGGUGACCAUUGCCAUCUACACCUUCGGCACUUGCAUCGCCUUCCUCAUCAUCAUCGGCGACCAACAAGACAAGAUUAUAGCUGUGAUGGCGAAGGAGCCUGAGGGGGCCGGCGGCAGCCCCUGGUACACAGACCGAAAGUUCACCAUCAGCCUCACGGCCUUCCUCUUCAUCCUGCCCCUUUCCAUCCCCAGAGAGAUCGGCUUCCAGAAAUAUGCCAGCUUCUUGAGCGUCGUGGGCACCUGGUACGUCACUGCCAUCAUUAUCAUCAAAUAUAUCUGGCCAGAUAAAGAAAUGACCCCAGGGGACAUCCUGACCAGGCCAGCUUCCUGGGUGACCGUGUUCAAUGCUAUGCCCACCAUCUGCUUCGGAUUUCAGUGCCAUGUGAGCAGCGUGCCCGUCUUCAACAGCAUGCGGCGGCCCAAGGUGAAGACCUGGGGUGGGGUGGUGACAGCCGCCAUGAUCAUUGCCCUCGCUGUCUACAUGGGCACAGGCAUCUGUGGCUUCCUGACCUUUGGAGCUGCCGUGGACCCCGACGUGCUCCUGUCCUACCCUUCCGAGGACAUGGCUGUGGCCGUUGCCCGUGCCUUCAUCAUCCUGAGCGUGCUCACCUCCUACCCCAUCCUGCACUUCUGUGGGCGGGCGGUGGUCGAAGGCCUGUGGCUACGCUACCAGGGGAUGCCGGUGGAGGAGGACGUGGGGCGGGAGCGGAGGCGGCGCGUGCUGCAGACCCUCGUCUGGUUCCUGCUCACCCUGCUGCUGGCGCUCUUCAUCCCUGACAUCGGCAAGGUCAUCUCGGUCAUUGGAGGCCUGGCCGCCUGCUUCAUCUUUGUCUUCCCAGCUGGUGGGCGCUGGUCAGUUAUGGUGUCCUCUUGGUCACCCUGGGAGCCUUCAUCUUUGGCCAGACCACAGCCAACGCCAUCUUUGUGGAUCUCUUGGCAUAACCACUGCCUCACAGGCAACACAUGGCUUUUGCCACUGGACCCAGGAACCCAUCUCCUUGAGCUGUGGGGCCACCCUGAGUCCAACAUCAUUCGUCUUUCCUGCUGGGAUGACAUCUGGACAUCCUUUUCCAGGGACAGUUCUGGAGUGAAAGCAGGCCUCACACCUCUGGACAGCUCAAACCCGGCAGUGCGAGGAUUGGGGGAGGAGGUCUCGUGUCACAGAAGAACCUUCCCUGUUCUCCAACUCUCAACUUCUCCAUGCCUGAAAAACAUGGGGAAAGAGGGUCAGAACAUCUCCGAAAAAAAGAACCCAGCCUGACUUUGCUUUGGAGAAAGAGUGUGGGCAAAGGGCCACCACCAUCCUUCACAGAGCAGCCUGUCCUGAGCAGGGGCUGCGCUCAUUACCCCGGCACUCAGGGCCUGCUCCAGUUUGUCAGCCGCUUGGCCCACAGUGGCUUCUCUGGUAUCUGGCAACUUCCAAAGGGAGCACAGAGGUAAAUCGAGUCAGGCCCUGUCCACUCCAUCCUGGGGCCUCUUUCCCCAUACCUGAGGGUCCAGGCCUCCCUGUCUUCCCCCAUCCCCAGACAUCAUCAAGUCUAAUGUUUACAAACGGUGCCAGCCCGGCUCCGAACCCGAGGCCGGGGGCCGUGCCGCACCAUCACGGUGCUGUGAGGACUCCUCAGUCAGCUUUUCCCUAGGCAGGACGGCUGCUUCUCUCUUUCUGAUUCCAGGUGGACCCCUCGCUUCAGAGGCACAGGGUGGGUGAUAGAGAAGACUGGGAGCCUUCCACACCCAUGCGGGCUGGGCUGGUCGGGCUCAGGGUGAACCUCUCUGGUAGCUUCUCUUCUGCCUGCCCUCUAGUCACCUCUCCCCUGUCACCCUAGCAGGAUAGCCCACGGAGAAGAAGAGCUGCUGAGUUGUCACUGAGCAUAGUCCUGCCAGUCUGGAAGUUUGCCUUCCAGUCCAGAUCUUGUCUGCUCCCUCCCCACCUCAUUUCUUCAGCCCCUACCCCAUUUUCCUAGCUCAGUCUCUCCGGCUCACAUAAGCCUGGGGGGUAGUAGGGGGUGUGCCCGACCUUCUCUUGUCAGCUCCAGGGGUCCACCAGGCCUGGCCUGAGGUUACACUGGAUUGUGCCCCAGGCGAGGUGAGGAGGACACUGUUCUCCUGGUCUGCAUUCCCCUUUCUCUCUCUGGCUGUUCACUCUGACCCACCAAUCCCAGGCAUUGACUCGGGCUUCCUCCACCUGGAACUCCCAGCAUUUCCUCGGUCCCUCUUCAGCAGGGGUGAGUGGGACCCCCCAUCCAGCAGCCCACCACUCAGGGUGCUGAGAUCACAGAAGCAGAGGCUGGCCGGCGGCCGGCUGGGCUUCUGCUCAGUUUCCAGACUGGAGGACAGCCGUUCCUCACAUGCCCGCGCCCUCGGGCCCUCGGGCCAGACCCUCGCUGCUGUUUUCCCUCAGCCCCAGCACGGUUAGGACGGUCCUGUCAGCAGGCCUGCGCAGCCUCCUGGUGUCGGAUUUCAGCUGAGGGGUGGGGGAUGGGGGGCACCGCCCAGAAAGAGACCCGUGUCCGGAGGAGCUGGAAUCUGGCCACUUGGCCUCACCUCAGGAGCCCCCUGCCCUGCCCUCCACGCCAGGGUAUUUUACUGUUUCUUUCCUACUUGUGCACAUUCGUACCAGAGAGGAUGGUUAAUAAAAAGGGGCUGUGCUGCUGA